AUAGGAAGAGGGCUUUUUUAAAAACAAACAGACUAAUGACGAAAGAAUGUCAAAAUUUUUCAUUAAUUUAUUGGCCGUUGUACAAAGUGGAUCGUUUUUCAUGUGUUGGUCAUCUCUGUUUUUUCAUGAUAUCUCCCAAAGUUUAUUUUGAUACAAUGGUUGAAGAAUUACUUGAACAUUGAAGUUAAAUUAGUGUAGAUAGCAUAGCAUAUUUCAGGUGCUUUUAAGAAGCAUAAGUAGGUCACCAAUGUCGCUUAAAUAUGAAAACACCUUGCACAAUUUGUUGAAGCAAAAUUCUGGAAUUCAAAGUGCAACGAGUGGUGGAACGAUGUCGUCUAACGAGCACAGUGUAAUUAACUGGACAAGAGAAAAUGUGGCCGAAUGGGCACGAAAAGAGUGUCUCAAUCGAAAGAUCAUCGAAUGUAUUGUAAAGGAAGAUAUCGAUGGCAAGUGCCUGCUGACGUUGUGCGAAAAUGAUAUCAAAAGUUUGCGAGAAAAGUAUACGUAUGCACUGACUUUAGGUGAUAUGAAACGAUUUUGGUUUUCGGUGCGCCUCGUUCAAAGACAAAAUGUUACGACAUUGGCAUAUUUAGGUAUUCUUCCGGGAAGUGGUAGUGAUGCAUUGGGAGCUCCUAUUACAAAUAGUCACCAUCACUCAUUAUUGUCCAGCAUGGGCAACAGCUAUGCUUCAGCAGACAUUACCUUUAGUGAGAUCGAGCGCAUCUCACCUCCAAUGUCCAUUGAUGGAAGAGCAACCUGCAUUCAGCCAGAGUUUUUCAAGACUAUGAUAAGCCUAGGAUAUGCUUUCCUAGUCACUUGGAUAACUGCGUUCGUAAUGGUAGUGGUACACGAGCGGGUGCCAGACAUGAAAAAAUAUCCUCCGUUACCGGAUAUUUUUCUUGAUAACGUACCGCACAUACCAUGGGCUUUUCAAAUGUGUGAAGUUACCGGCACAUUAUUGUUCUGCAUAUGGGUUUGCGUACUAAUAGUGCAUAGGCAUCGAACAGUACUGCUUCGUCGAUUCUUUGCCUUAGCCGGGACAGUAUUUUUACUUCGUUGUGUAACGAUGUUAAUUACAUCACUAAGCGUUCCAGGAACGCAUUUAGAAUGCACUCCUCAUGACCAUAAGUUCGACGAUAGCUCUAGUGUCAAAAUUACUGAAAUGAUCUACUUGCGAAUCAGUCGAGCUUACACAAUUUGGAGUGGGUUAGGAAUGUCGAUCCAGGGCGUACGAACUUGUGGUGACUACAUGUUUAGCGGGCAUACGGUUGCUUUAACUUUGCUUAAUUUCUUCAUCACUGAAUAUACUCCACGAAAUUUGUACUUCCUUCAUACGCUAACUUGGUUGCUUAACAUGUUUGGAAUAUUUUUUAUUUUGGCUGCACAUGAGCAUUAUUCCAUCGAUGUUUUCGUUGCGUUCUACAUAACAUCAAGGUUGUUUCUUUACUAUCACACAUUGGCCAAUAACCAGGCCUUGAUGUCCCAUGACUCGAACCGUACGCGUGUUUGGUUUCCCAUGUUUAGUUAUUUCGAAAGCUCGGUGGAUGGUAUUAUUCCGAACGAAUUUGAUACUGUUGCUGAGGUGCUAUAUAAGAUGCUUGAGUGCGUCUUUAACAUGAAAGAUGUUUGUAUGCUGACAGCUCGACGGUUCUGGAUUGCACAUGGCAAUAUCGAUGUACUGAGAGAGAAACACAAGCAGUUCUUGAGCACCGCAAACUCACAGCUGCAUUUUCCAAAUAAUCUCAAUCAACAACAAAACGGAACAACUGCUUCUACAACAGAAAAGAAACCGACCAAGUGUAAUAAUCUAAACACAGAUUCUAUCGCCAAUAUCAAGAGCAAGUCAUUUGGAAACGCUUCAAUAGAUAAACCCAUCAAUGACUCAAUCGAAAAAGCGAUCGAAUUGGGUAAGGAGAAAGAGUUGUAGAAUGAACAAAACUUGAGAAACGUUAGGUUAGAUAUCUAUGUUCUUUCAGUAUCAUAAGUUAUGAAGCUUGGCGUUAUUUUCAUUAGCUCUAAUUGAUAAAAAUCUGUUUAAUUUAUUGAUAAAUAAUUUAUUAUUAACAGUAAAAAUAGUAUUAGGAAUUUACCAUUUGUUAACUAUUGCAAAGACUCAUAUAAUCGCCGCUGUUAACAGCUACUUGUUUCGUACAAUAUUUUAAAAUUUAAGCCAUGUGAUAUUUUGGGUUUGAAGUAAGUAAUAUUAUCAUAUCUUCCAUUUUAUAUUUUCUUUAAUUGUACUGAAUAGUUCUACCGUUACCAACAAAAUUGCUAUGACUGACACCCAAAUAGAAUUGGUUUACUCUUAAAUACAUUUUUCUUCCCAAGGCAUAAGCUAAAUUACUGCAUGCUCAAGGUUAUUCAUAACAAUUCUUUGAAGAAUCAGCGUAUUCCACACAUUAAUUUCACUUACACUUUUACAUAGAAAUAGGCGGUGACUGCCAAAUGAUGCUAACUUCCUCUCCGAGCCUAAAGAUUAGAAAUGUAGCAGUGUAAUAUGUAAUUACGCAAUACAUCCGCAGUGAAGAGCAAUUAGAAGAAAAUUACAAAUAGGUAGCAUUUCACAAAAUAAAAAGUUUCUAGUCCGCUAAGGUAACGUUAUGUAUCAAAUUCCACCUUUCAUAUA